UUUUCCAAUAAUCGGAAAAAUUCUUGUGUGCAUUAAAUUUUUUUUUCCUGUUAAGUGUUUGUUGUUUUGUAACAAAAUUUCACAGCCACAAAGCGGCCACAAAAGUAAUUAGCACUCAACAAAAAAAAAAAAAAAAAAGAAAAGAUAUCGAAUGUUUGUUUUUUGUGUGUGUGUGUGCAUGUGUGUGUUUUUUUCUUCAAACAACCCAAACAAACCAUCAAUGGAUCAAGUGAAUGAAAAAAAAUCUAAACAAAGUUUGAAAUGGAAAAUGUGUCUCUCUCUCUGUGUGUGUGUGUGAAUAGAAAACAACAGACUUAAUAAUAAAAAAAAACCAACCAAAACACAAAUAGUGGGCCUAUUCUCUUUUUUUUUAUUAUUCGCCUGGCAAACAAAAUUCCAUUAUUAUUAUAUAACCGAAAUUCCAAAUUCACCAAUUGUUCUUCCGGUUAUUCUACAAUUUUAUUGUGUGUGUGUGUGUGUCCAAAUUUUAAUCUCUGUCAUAUAUAUAAACGUUUUUUUUAUUUAAAUGUAGAAUGUUUUUCAGUAAUAAAUUUAUUCAAUUUGAAAAUUUAUUAUACAAAGAAUGGAAAUGAACAACGGUAACGACAACGAUAACGACGAUGACGACAAUGGACAUUACCAUUACAAUUACAAUGUGAUGGUAAUGAUAACGACGUUAUUAUUAUUAUUAUUAUUACUACCGACAAUAAAAUGUCAUCUUGUUUCAGUUAAUCCAAAAUAUCCAUUAUUGGAGCCAACAUUAUCCGGACCUUUAUUAUGGCCAGAACCGGAACGUUAUCUGAUUGAUAAAAAUCAUCAACCAUAUCGUAUUCGAUUACCGAUUAAUUUUGAAUUGAAUAAUGAUGAUGAAAAAAAUAGAAAACAAUUAAAGAAAUGUGAUAUCAUUGAUUAUAAUCUGAAUAAAUAUCGUUAUUUGAUCAAUAAUAUGAUUGAACAUAAUAAAUAUGUUGUGAAUAAUGAUCGAAAUUGUCAAACAGAAACAAUGAUGAUGAUGAAUGAUGAUAGAAAAUUUUUAAAUAAAAUUGAAAUCCAUAUCGAUCGAAUUGAUUGUGAUCAAUAUCCUGAAUUUGUCGAUGACACCAUCACCACCACCAAUGCAUCAUCAACAAAUCAUGAUGAAAGUUAUGAGAUUAAAGUUGAAGCUGAAAAUGGAAAAUGUCGAAUCGCAUCGAAAACAAUAUGGGGCAUGAUUCGAGCAUUGGAAACAUUUAGUCAAUUAUUCUAUAUGGAUAAACAGAAUUGUAUGAUCGUAAUUGAUGUGGUUCAAGUUUGGGAUAGGCCAAGAUUUCGUUAUCGUUCAAUAAUGAUUGAUACGGCCAGACAUUAUCUUCCAUUAUGGAUAAUAUUACAGAAUCUGGAUGCAAUGGCAUAUAAUAAAUUGAAUAUUCUACAUUGGCAUAUCAAUGAUGAUCAAUCAUUUCCAUUUAAAAGCGAUUUGUUUCCAAAUAUUUCACGUUUGGCAUCAUAUAGCAAUCGACAUGUAUAUACUAAACAUGAUAUACAGAAUAUAAUCAAACAGGCAAGAAUACGUGGUAUACAAGUGAUUGUCGAAUUAAAUACACCAGCACAUGGUCAUUCAUUAGCAAAAGUUUUUCCGGCAAUAAUGUCCGGAUGUAAUAAUAUCCCGGUAGCAGCAGCAGCAGCAGCAGCUGCUGCUGCAAUGGAAACAUUAAAUAAUCCCAGUAGUAGCCAAAAAAUUCACUCAAACAUCAUCAAUCCAAGUUGUGAAUUAACAUAUGAAAUUUUGGAACAAAUUCUCAAUGAAAUGCAUCAUUUAUUUCCAUCGAAUCGAAUACAUUUAGGUAUGGACGAUGUUUCUUAUGAAUGUUGGUCAAAUGAUCCGAAUAUUCGACAAUUUAUGGGCGCAAAUCGAAUGCAUUCAUUUGAAAAACUUGAACAAUAUCAUCUGGAACGUAUGAUUAACAUAACUACAAAAUUGAAAUCAAAACCAAUCAUAUGGCAAGAUCCAUUCGAUAAAGAUAUUCCAAUUCCGGCUGGAACUAUUGUACAGGUGUGGAAAGAUCACCGAUUAUUGGAUGAUGAUCCACGUGAUUGGCAAUUUCAUGUACAAAAAUUAUUACGUUUCAAUCAUACGGUCAUUUUAUCGUCAUGUUAUUUCCUGAAUCUAAUACAAUAUGGACAAGAUUGGAAACAAAUCUAUGAUUGUGAUCCACAUGAUUUCGAUGGAUUUGAUGAACAACAAAAACAAAAAUAUGUAAUCGGUGGUGAAGCCUGUAUUUGGGGUGAAUAUAUUGAUCAAACAAAUUUUAUGUCCAGAACUUGGCCAAGAGCUUCAGCUAUGGCAGAAAGACUUUGGAGUCAUAUGAAUGACAAUUCUAAUUAUGAUGAUGAUGUUAUUGUUCAUCAUCGUUUGGAUGGUCAUCGUUGCCGUAUGUUAGCACGUGGAUUGCCGGCACAACCAAUAUCGACCGGAUUCUGUGAACAUUUUGAUAUUUGGCCAAAUUUAAUGUCAUAUUCAAAUGGUGAAAUGCAAACUUUAUUCGACAACGAUUUUUUGAACAACAAUAACAACAAUAAUAAUUCUACCAAAAUGUUACAAGAAUUUCUAUUGAUGGCUAAACAUGAACAAAAUAUGAAUAUAGAACAUAAUUAUGGCAAUAAUAAGAAUCAUUAUGAUGAUGAUGAUGAUGAUGAUGUUGAUUGUUCACUUGAGAAUAAUGAAGAAAACAAUAAAUUAAUUAUGAACCAUCAUCAUCAUAAUGCUAGUGAUAAGUUCACUUGUUCACUAUUGUCACCGAUUCCAUUGAUAAUGAUAAUAUUCUAUUAUUAUGUUGUACAUUUAUUUUAUUUAUAACGAAACCAUUCAUA